GGCGCUAAUUUACAUAGUUUGGCGAUCAGAAAUCCCCCUGGGAAUAAAUCCAUGUAGUUGCAUACGCGUGGACGACUUAUAGUCGAGCAUUUGGAAAACAUGGACACAACACUGUUCUGCGCCGUUGACGACCUGUUGGAAGCAUAAAAGUCUGUUCCGGAUAGCGAUAUUUUUUCAGUCAGGAAGUUUGACGUAUUCGACUGAAGAUUAUUUCUUCCUUUGUUUUGGUUGGAGAAACUUGUGGACUAUCAUCGUUGGCUACAAACUUCCUUCUACUUGGGCUGAGUUUCGUUGAAAAGCACGGAGUUUUUCCACGGCCAAUUCACUUCGUUUCCUAAAAGUGAAGGGAACCGUACUGUAGUAAGGAGUCCGAACACUUACGUCCAGACUUCGUUAGUCUUUGCAGCUUAUGGGGGUUUUGUGUGUAAUAAACAUAUAUAGGCGGUAUUUCUAUCAGCCAGUGUCAUUUCGCAGAGCUCUGCAGUGACUCUUAAACUCCACGUCGGCCUCUUAUUCAAAUUCCUCCGUUUCUGUUAUGCGACCGAUAAAAGGCCGUUAUGACUUUCACACGCUCGCGUCUGUCGCGUUCUCGUUACAAUGCGACGCAACUCUCCGGACUGCGAUUAUAAAAACAAACGUAAAAGCGGCGUAGGGGUCAAACUUGGCAACACAGGAGGAAAAGUCUGCAAACCCAGCAGGAAGACGGGCCACGGAAAUCACGGAAACCGUGCGGUCGCUCCCGCAGAUGGAUUUCAUACAGGCCCCUCGCUUACUGCUGCACCUUGUUCGGUAGUUUACGCUCCGCUGCGCGGCUCAACUCCACGCGCCGACGUCUGGUGCGACUUUUAAAAAUGUUCUGGACAUUGGAGUUUUCCAGGGAGCCGAGAGCGCCGCGCCACAGUGUGAUGUAGGCUUUUCCUUAGAACACUGUCCGUGUAAAACCCACAGCUGUCUGAUGUGACCGCUUUAUUUGUCACUACCUGGGAAUCUUACGUUCGUGUGUUCGCCCGAACUUUCCGCCGGGGGAGAGGAGGCCUCGUUACCUGGAGGAGGGGGGGUCGGCCCCGCCGCGGCGCACCCCUCGGUGUGUCGGGCUGACUGAGGACGCCGAUGGGCACGAGCGGCCGCCGCCUCUUCUGCGUCAUCUGUGCCGCGAAACACCGGUGACCGGAGUCACCUGCGCGCGCGAGAAGCCUGGACGUGUCCUGACAGGAGCCGACACGACAGGCCGGGACAGGUUUCUGAAGACUGGUGCAUAAACCACGCACCCAAACAUUACCACAAUGAACGAGAGACAAGCUCUCCACUCCAUAAUGAAGGACCUGGUUGCCCUCCAGAUGUCUCGGCGUCAGUCCGUGAUGUCGUAUGACAGCGGCAAACCCAAGACGCCGGCCCAGACCAACAGACAGGAGGAUGUCAGGAUGAAGUUCGAGUUCUCAGGAGAGAGGAGGAUCCUGAUGUUUGGGCGACCUGUGCAGUUUGAGGAAGUCCAGCAGAAGGUUAAAACUGUGUUUGGGCAACAGCUGGACCUCCACUAUAUAAACAACGAGUUGUCCAUUCCUCUGCGCGGCCAGGACGACCUGGACAAGGCCGUGGACCUACUGGACCGAAGCUCUAACAUGAAGAGCAUCAAGAUCCUGCUGCUCACGCAGGAGCACGGCAACGCCUCCUCACCCUCCCACCCCGUCCCCAGUAAACAGGUGAGGAUCAAGCCCUCCCAGUCCACUGGAGAUGUCAGCACAGGCUAUCAGCCCACUGAGCCCAGAGGGCGCCAUCUCUCAACGGGUUCUCAGAACACGGGGCGCAGCUCUCCGCCCCCCGGCUACGUGCCUGAACGCCAGCAGAGGAUCGCCCGCCAAGGUUCAUACACCAGCAUAAACAGCGAGGGGGAGUUCAUCCCCGAGACCAGCGAUCAAUGUGUGCUGGAUCCAUGGAGCAGUGCAGAAAACUCAGUCUCUGGAAGCUGCCAGUCUCUGGACAGCAACUCCGACAGCCCCUCGCUGAGGAAGGCCCGCAUGCACAGGGCCAAGAGUUACCCAGAUAAUCGCCAGGAGUGUUCAGACCGAGAGAAUCACGUGUAUGACAGGGUGGUGGGGAAGGGAGGCACCUACCCUCGUAGGUAUCACGUCUCCCUGCAUCACAAGGACCACAGUGAAGGCCGUCGCACAUUUCCGCGCAUCCGCCGCCCUCAGGGGAACCUGUUCACUCUGGUGCCGUCGCGGCGGUCGCUUAAUGGCAGCGAGGAGAGUCUGGGCAGCUGGCAGCUAGUGGACGCCCAGGGGAGGCUGCGUCCCCAGGACCGAUCUGUUGGCCACAAAUCACCCAGUGCUCCAGUGACGUGGCGCCGGGGAAAGCUUCUGGGCCAGGGAGCCUUUGGACGGGUUUACCUGUGCUACGAUGUGGAUACUGGGAGGGAGCUGGCAGCCAAGCAAGUCCAGUUUGAUCCAGACAGUCCUGAGACCAGCAAGGAGGUCAGCGCGUUGGAGUGUGAAAUCCAGCUGCUGAAAAAUCUGCAUCACGAGCGCAUUGUUCAGUACUACGGCUGUCUGAGGGACCACAAUGAGAAGACCCUCACCAUUUUCAUGGAGUACAUGCCGGGGGGUUCAGUCAAAGACCAGCUGAAAGCGUAUGGCGCUCUGACAGAAAAUGUGACCCGCAAGUACACAAGGCAGAUCCUGGAGGGGAUGUCCUACCUGCACAGCAACAUGAUAGUACACAGGGACAUAAAAGGUGCCAACAUCCUGCGGGAUUCAGCCGGCAACGUGAAGCUUGGAGACUUUGGUGCCAGCAAGAGGCUCCAGACCAUCUGCAUGUCGGGCACGGGCAUCCGCUCUGUGACCGGCACCCCGUACUGGAUGAGCCCAGAGGUGAUCAGCGGGGAGGGCUACGGCCGCAAGGCGGACGUCUGGAGCCUCGGCUGCACCGUGGUGGAGAUGCUGACUGAGAAACCUCCGUGGGCUGAAUAUGAGGCCAUGGCAGCGAUAUUCAAGAUCGCCACCCAGCCCACCAACCCACUGCUGCCUUUGCACACCUCUGAGCAGGCGCGGGACUUCAUCCGCUGCAUCUUUGUGGAGGCCAAACACCGGCCCAGUGCCGAGGAGCUGCUCAGGCACCCCUUCUCCCAGGUCCUGUGCUGAGGCCUGCCUGCUUUCUGAACGCACACCGAAGACCGGCUAAAGAGGAGUCCGUCUCCACUCCAACGUCCAAAGACCGGACAGUUCUUCAGCUGCAGUCAGUGCAAUGCCUCUCAAACCAAUGCCAGUACAUGCGUUUAUUAAAGUCACCACCAGGGGGAAACUAAACACAGACCAAGCAUCUGUCGAAGGCGGAUGCUCAUCAGGUCGUAGCUGCUUCACCUGUUGUGUCCACCCUGUGUUUACUUUACAGUUAUGACAAAUGUUAAGAAGCUGACUGUAAAAUAUGUGACAGAGCUGCAUUUUAAACCUGAAGCAGGACUUAAGCUUACUUUGCCCAGACUAUGCUGAAUGCCACUGGUGCACUACAGUGUUAAUUAGCUGUUGCCUCCUUUUCCUACUCUGUGUCUUUCUGUUUAUUUCUAUUCCCCUUUUGGAACAAAGAGAUCUCGGCCUUUAGAGCCGUAACUCUGUCUUUAUACACUCCUAACUAGAACUGCUUAAAGGCGUUUAAGCUAUUUGUGGUGCACUCCUGCUACAUUUCUAGAGUAUUUAUAUUCAUAUAUACAUAUGUAUUAUUCAGAAAUCCAUAUUUGUGUGUAAGCUGAAUGAACAAACCAUUGUGCGGUGUCCCUUGACAUAUGUGUAGAGUAGCUACACUGGAGUUAAAAUGCUAAUUACCUAAAGUAUGUCUGAUUUUAGCCCAAGCUGCCAUUUAGUAGAUGUGUAACGACGGACAAUAAUGCACUGCAGCAACACUACGUAGCUCCGGUUUGUAUCUUCCUGCUCAGUUGGACAGAGCCACACGUUUCUAAUCAUUUGGAGGUUCCGAGGAUUCUUGUAGUCCCGUCAUAGCAGGGGUGCAGUUUGUUGAAUGACCGUUUGGCCUUUUUAAAGGCUGCUGGACAAUUAUUCCUCAGAGAUGUCACUGCUUAGUGCUGGGACCUACACAUAAAUGUAUUCAGUUAAACCAAAGGGAUCUGUGGAGCUUUAAGCUUUUAUGUCACCAAAAAUCUUUCUACCUUUUACAAAAGCUUUCAUGAUUGGUCUCCUCCAACAGAUUUUAAAUGAUCUUGUUCAGAUGUUACUUUAAAAGGAAUGUGUUAUUCUCUGUGGGAACUUAAUGAUGGAAGAUGUAUUAACGUUUAGAAAAAUCUGAGGAUACAUUUCCUGUUUAAAUGGACUCUUUGUCUACCAGUCAGCUCUUUGUGACUUAGCCUUCUACUGUACCUGGCCUCUUGCAGCUCUUCUGGAUCACAGACGUGUUCAGCCCAGUGUUAUAGGUGUUAUAACAGUGUCAGACAGGUUUCUGUUCUAUAGACUCUGUGUCAUUUGUGUUGAAAUAAGAUGAGAUUUUCAUGAUUGAAACAAAAUUCAAACCAAAGACGUUUAAUGUAACGGUGAUUCCUGUUGCCUUUCAUCUUUCUAAGAUUAUAGUGUUCAAGUGUUGUAAUGGCCCAAACGUCCCUGGCUGAGAAGCUUAGGGAUUAUAUUUUAAUCAGAUGCACUUUUGUGUGAAAUGAAUGUUGUGGUUUUAUUUUUGUUGUCUUCUCCAAAUUGUUUUUUUUGUUUGUUUUUUUUUUUACUUUAAAUGUGAAAAAUAGUUUCAUUUUUAUUUAUGUUCCCAUGUCCCAUUUUAAUUAGCGUUUAAAGCAUAUAUAUGUGUGUGUGUAUAAAUAUAGUUUUUAUAAAUAGACUGUGUCAAAUCUAAUGAUACUUUCAGGACUUAGUGUCGUUAAAAGUAACUCAUAUAAAGCAGCUGGUUUUGCAUAUAUUCAAGAGUUGGUGUUUAUAAAUGAGAAUUGGGUGGGAAACAAACUCGGCUGCCUGGUUCUGGCUCCAGCUCACAAAGCGUGCAUCGUUAGCUGUACAUUAAGGUGACAGUGUUAUCCGACUCGGCUCCAUUGGGCCAUUGUGCUUUGAAACAUUAAUGAGGUCUUAUGAAUGAAAGAAAUAGCUGCAAAUGUUUCCGUGUGAUCUCAGCGUCAUUCUAGAUAAUUAUGGUGUGUGUAUAUGUGUCUGAGCCACAGGAUCAGAGCCAGCGCUGGACAUCAGAGUUCACUGUUCAACCCAGAAGACGACUUUGUUUAUCCCAGGGUUCAGACAACACCCGCUUCAAUACUGUUCUGGGUAAAGGGCUUGCUGCUGCAUUAAUCUUAAUGUUUCUACAGAGCUGCUACAUGCUAAAGGCAGCUAUUUUAUGUUCAGUGUGAAGAGGAACGCAGUUCUAAGAAAGGAAUCCUGGGAUGAGCAAAGGAAAUGGAACUAGUUGUUAGAAAUGUACCGAAAUAUGGAACUGUAUAAUGAUGCAUCAUGACAGGACUUGCAGUGCAAAGUCUGAAAAAAGUGUCAAAUUUAUUUUACAGCAAGAAAAGAAUAUUAUGUUUAAUGACUACAGGCUCUUUCCAAAGCAAAUAAAUAGUUUUUAAAAGUUG